AAUCAACUCUCUGUCUCUCAGAUCAAUCACAUGCUGCUGAUGCUGCUUUGUAAACUUGGAGACGUCAAGAAACAAGGCGGUGCUCAACUUGAGCAGAGAGGGGUCAUAUCCUACACAGCCACGCUUAACCAGGGUGAAGCUCUGCCUGCCUGCCACUCACCGAGUCCCUCCUGGAAACACUACAGGAGUUUAGCAGCGCUCGAGUAUGGAAGUAACCAAAGGAGAGAACCGUUCUGCUGAACAGGCUGCGUCUUUGUUUGGGACACCAGAGCUGGAGAGUCAAAGGACAAACCCUGAACGGGGAAAGAAGAAGAAUAACCACUGUAAAAUCAUUACUGUGGUUCUGCUGCUGUGCCUAUUGGUGGUCAUCUUGGCUGUGGUGUUGUCCCUGAGAAAGAGCAGUGACGGGAAAGCAGACGGUGAGCUCUGGCUGCAGGAGGCAUACGAGGAACUCCUACUGCCACAAUGUCCACCUGGUUUCUCUAGGCCUCCUCUCAUCCUGGUGUCCUUGGACGGUUUCAGGGCUCCGUACCUGAAAGAUCACAGCAGCCACCUUCAUGUCAUCAACAAGUUACGUAAACUUGGAACAACAACGCCGUACAUGAGGCCUGUUUAUCCCACAAAGACCUUUCCCAACCACUACAGCAUUGUGACUGGUCUUUAUCCAGAGUCUCAUGGGAUUGUGGACAACAAGAUGUACGAUGUGAGCCAAAACAUUUUCUUCAGCCUGAAGUCUAAUGAGAAAUUCAACACAAAAUGGUAUCAAGGAGAGCCAGUCUGGAUCACUGCCAUGCGUCAGAAACUGAAAGUAGGAACCUUUUUCUGGCCUGGCUCAGAUGUAAGAAUCAAUGGCACCUACCCAGACCUCUACCAGCCGUAUGACAUGAGCAUUUCAUUUGAGCAGAGAGUGGCAACGCUGUUUGAAUGGCUCAGUUUACCUCAGGGAGAAAGACCUGACUUCUACACUUUGUACCUGGAUGAACCUGACUCUUCAGGACAUCGUUAUGGGCCAGCGAGCAACGAGGUUGCUCAGGCCUUGAAGAAUGUGGACAGGAUUUUGGGCAUGCUGAUGGAUGGCCUGACACAGAAAGACCUGCACCGCUGUGUCAACAUUAUAAUCACAUCAGACCACGGCAUGGAGGAGGCUUCAUGUAAAAAUGCAACGUAUGUGUCAACCUACCUGAACAAAACUGAUGGCUUUGCUGUCAUCCAAGGCCCGGCUGCUCGCAUCAGACCCAAACACCUCCCGGAGGAUUUCUUUUCUUUCGACUAUGAGGGCCUGAUGAAGAACCUGUCGUGCAGGACCCCUGAUCAGACAAUGAUGCCCUACCUCAAAGAAAACCUCCCCAAAAGGAUGCACUUUGCCAACAACAAACGCAUAGAGAGAGGACACCUCUAUAUGAAGGAGGGAUGGCAGGCUGCGCUUAAUUCCCAGGAACUCAAGUACUGCACCGGUGGAUUCCACGGUUCAGAUAACCUCUUUACCAACAUGCAGGCGAUCUUCAUUGGCUACGGUCCAGCAUUUAAAGAAAACACUGUUGUCCCCCCUUUUGAAAACAUUGAAAUAUAUAAUCUCAUAUGUGAUCUUCUCAGUAUUCGGCCUGCUCCAAACAACGGGACUCACGGCAGUCUGAACCACCUCCUGAAGCAUCCUGUCCACCUGCCAGUUCACCCAGCGCAGCUCUCCCAUGACACCCCCUGUGAAGCCAGUGAACUCGUCCCUGUUAACGAUCUCCAUUGCACCUGUGCAUCCCAAACCAAGACAACGGAGACAAAUAUGAACAGAGAUCUCCUGACAACUAAUAAUAGUGUUAAAGCCAACUUGCGUCGCCUCCAUCAUCCCUUUGGCACCCCUCGAGUCAUCCAACCAGACGCCACUUUUUGUCUUCUCCACCAAUCCAACUACCUCAAUGGAUACAGCAAAGACCGCCUGAUGCCCCUGUGGGUGUCGUAUACCAUCCAACCUCUGACCAGAGUCCAACCCCUGAGUGCAAAGUCGGAGGAGUGUGUUCGUGCUGACGCACGCAUCCCACCGACCGCCAGCCAGCUGUGUCUGCGCUACAGAAACAACCCCACUCUGUCCUUUGGCCUGUUGCAUCCCCCUAAUCUGAGUGCCGAGGGAGCUGAGGCCGACUCUCUAAUCACGAGCAACAUGGCACCAAUGUUCCCUGCAUUUAAAGAUGUUUGGACCCACAUCCAUGAUUUCCUGCUUCCAAAAUAUUCACAGCAGCUGAACGGAGUUAACGUCAUGAGUGGACCGAUAUUUGAUGAGGACUAUGAUGGAAACGUCGAUGCACUUAAAGCAAUCUCAGGGAAUGAGGCUCCCAUCCCAACACAUUUCUACGUGAUUCUGACCAGCUGUGGGAACUCGACCUUCAGUCCUGUCAACUGUGAGGGUCCCCUGCGGGCCAAGUCCUUCAUCUUGCCCCACAGACCUGACCACAGUGAGAGCUGUGCUAACGGGUCUGACCUGGAUUGGGUGAAGGAUUGGCUCAAGUUUCAUACAGCGCGAGUCCGAGACAUCGAGCUCCUGGCCGGACUCAGUUUCUACCACGACAGGCUAUCAGUGGAAGAGACGCUACAGCUAAAGACGUUUUUAGAGACUGCUUAAAGUUAGAGACAAUAGCCAAUGGAGCUUUAAUUUCCAAAGAAAGCUAUAUUGGUCAGUACAACUGGCCUCAGUCCACAUGAACAAACACGUUCAUAACAGGUUUUCUGUGUUCAAACCCCAUUGAUCCAUCCCAACAUUAAGUUCCAUCCAGGUUUUUUAUGAUAUGUCUUAUUCCCUAAAAUGUUUAAAAAUAGUCAAUGUGUGAUAGCUGUAUAUUUGUGAUUAAUGAUGUUUUUAUAAUUGAUUUUAUAGAGAAAAGUCAGAUGACGUUUUAUCAAUGCAGCUCCGCAGCUCCGAAGCAAAGACUCAAAGUAUUUCCUCUGAUGGGAACAAAAUAAAAAGAGAAAAGAAACUUUAAUUGCUGAAAGAAGGAACUUUUUCUACUGGGAUUGCUUUUAUUGGCUGGGGCUCUUCAAGAAACACAUGGCAAUCUGGAAACAGUUGUUUUUGCUGCCACACAUCUGGAGAGCAGCC